AUGGAACUUCAAACAUUUCCCUUCUGGAGCGUUGUGGCCAUCUUUUUUGGUUUUCUUUCUUUGUUCCUCAAUGGUCGGAAUCGCAAGAUACCACUCGGUCUCUUACCAUUGCCCGAGGUACCUGGUCUGCCUUUGGUUGGAAAUCUGUUGCAGCUAAAGGAGAAGAAGCCUCAUAUGACUUUUACUAAAUGGGCACAAACUUAUGGUCCUAUCUAUUCUAUAAGAACUGGCUUUAAGAAAAUGGUGGUUCUCAAUUCCAAUGAAGUUGCCAAAGAGGCUAUGGUUACAAGGUUUUCAUCCAUCUCAACUAGAAAGCUAAGCAAAGCUUUAACAAUCCUCACUUCUGAUAAAUGCAUGGUGGCAACAAGUGAUUAUAAUGAGUUCCACAAGAUAGUAAAGAGACAUGUAAUCACCAAUCUUCUAUCCUCGACUGCUCAGAAACGACAACUGGUUCAUAGAGACUUGUUGUUGGAGAACAUUGUAAAACUUUUCGGUGCUCAUUUGGUGGAAAAUCCUCUAGAAGUCGUAGAAUUCCGAGAAAUCUUUGAGUCGGAGCUUUUCGGGUUGGCAAUGAAAGAAGCUUUGGGCAACGAUUAUGAAUCAAUCUAUGUUGAAGAGCUCGGGACAACUCUAUGGAGAAAGGACAUAUUUAAUGUUUUGGUGAACAAUCCAAUGGCUGGCGCGAUUGAAGUAGAUUGGCGAGAAUUCUUCCCAUAUUUGAAAUGGAUACCAAAUAAAGAUUUCGAAAAGAAGAUAGGGCAAAUUAAUUUCGAGAGGAAUGUAGUAACAAACGCCCUAAUUAGAGAACAAAGUAAAUUGGUUUAUGGAAAGAACGGUGGUUACCUUGGUUAUUUAUUGUCUGAAGGAAAAACAUUAUCAAAGACACAAAUUUGUAUGUUGAUUUGGGAGGUGAUCAUACAAGUAUCAGAUACUACUAUGGUUGUGACAGAAUGGGCUAUGUAUGAACUAGCUAAAAACAAAGAUAAACAGAACCGUUUGUAUGAUGAAAUUGAAAGUGUUUGUGGAUCGGAGAAGAUAUCCGAGGAUAAGUUGUGUCGGCUUCCUUACUUGAAUGCUAUCUUUCACGAAACUUUAAGAAAACACAAUCCUGUUCCGGUUAUUCCUUUACGAUAUGCUCACGAAGAUACACAAAUAGGAGGAUACUUUGUGCCCGCUGGAAGUGAGAUUGGGAUCAACCUUUAUGGAUGCAACAUGAAUGAAAAACAAUGGGUGAAACCAGAAGAGUGGAAUCCAGAUAGAUUUCUCGAUGGAAAAUACGAUCCAAUGGAUUUGCACAACACAAUGGCAUUUGGAAGCGGGAAAAGGAUAUGUGCAGGCGCACUUCAAGCUAUACUUAUUUCUUGCAUGUCUAUUGGUAGGCUUGUACACGAGUUUGAAUGGAGCUUAAGUGAAGGCGAAACAGCAGAUGUUGACAUUCUUGGCUUAACUGGUCGCAAACUUCAUCCAAUGCGGGCAUUCCUUAAAUCUAGGAAAUGA